ACGAGAGAGUUUCACUUUUGAGUGUCUUUUAGCAGUUCUCUUUCACAGAUCCCAGAUUUUUAUAACACAGCACCAACCAUUUUCUUAUUAAAAAAAAGCCAAGAGCUGCGGCAGCACCACCUCUCACAUUCACUUUGUGGAACCCAUCAUCCAUCAGCAGAAGAUUCUCCAAAUUCUCCUCUCCCACUAGAAAAAUCACCAGAAAAUCAAAAACCCAUUAUUUUUUGGAAGCAAAGAAGAAAACCCAUCAUUUGGAAUCCGAAAAGCAACUCGGAAAUUGUAUUGUAAUUCGAUGACAUUCUUGUUGGAGGAUGUUGUUGUUGUUGUAUAAUGAGAGGCAGAGAUGGUGGUGGUAGUUGUGCAGCUGAAAGUGUCACUUUUUAGUCUGUGAGACUCUGAGUGCAGCAGCAGAAGAGAAAAGGAAGAAACGAGAGUGAAAAUGUUGUGUAAAAAGAGUGGGUGCAGAACUGCCAUUGAGGAGGAUGAGGAAGACAGUGGAUCAGUGCCUGUAUACCUCAAUGUCUACGAUCUCACGCCUUUUAAUGGAUACGCUUAUUGGCUUGGCCUUGGAGUUUACCAUUCUGGUGUACAAGUACACGGUGUGGAGUAUGCAUUCGGAGCUCAUGAGUUUCCAACAUCUGGAAUUUUUGAAGGAGAACCGAAAAAGUGUGAUGGUUUUACAUUUAGGAAAUCAAUUUUGAUCGGGAAGACGGAUGUUGGGCCUUUAGAGGUGAGGGCAGUGUUGGAAGACCUUGCCGCGAAUUACAGAGGCAAUGCCUACAAUUUGAUCACCAAGAACUGCAACCACUUCUGCAAUGAUGCAUGUAUCACAUUGACUGGAAAUCCAAUUCCAAGUUGGGUUAAUCGGCUUGCCAGAAUCGGGUUCCUCUGCAAUUGUGUUCUUCCUGUGACUUUAAAUACGACCAAAGUUCACAGAAUCGAAGACAAGGCAGAUGAAGGAGACAAGGACAGGUUAACAAACCAGUCAAACAAUGCGGCAUUAUCUUCUAACUCUCCUUCAUCUUCAUCAUCCUCUCCUUCUGGCACAACAUUCCGCAGGGGUAGAAGCAGAACAAGACGCGCUCGUCCUCCCCCUUCGCCUUUGAUUAUUGCUUCUUCAUCCUCUUGAUGGUUGAAAUUCGCAGUAGAGUUUAUUUAUUUUCUAGAACAUUGCUCAAAGAUGAAGCAAAGUCAAGUUCUUGUUUCUGUUAUCUUUCAUUCUUUUGCUGGCAAGUGAUUUUCUGCCCUGCAAAGGUUUAAGUUGGCAUCAUCCUUGUGUGGUUUUCUUGUACCCAACUCUUAGGUGGUUUUGUCAAAAACAUUAUGAUAAAUGUCAAUAACGCAUCGGUAGUUGUUGGAACAAAUAUACAGUUGUAAACAUGAAAAUCCCGCGACAAAUGAGACAAGAACAUGUGUACAAAAUAAAUUUGUAGGGUUACAAUC